AUGCCUCCGAAUUCCCAGUCCGCAUCCUCUGCUCUCCCUGAUGAGGACGACAACGCCACUGUCUCUUCUGCGAACAUGGAAAGUGAAGAUGACAAAAGUUCACCUGAUGUCCCAUGGGUUUCCCGUCUCAGCGACUCGUUUGCUCUAAAAUGUUCAAUUUCCUCGAAACCAGUGCGCAGGGAUCCAUUUGGAACCCUUCCUUGGUACGCCCUAGAUGUGGUUUUGUUCAAUUUGCCCGACCUACCGACGUUGCACCAACUCACCCUGGCUUCGCCCGAUGUUCGGGAUUACCUCGACGACAAGAUUGGCAUUAUGCCUAAGUUGGUGGAACACAUCAUCGAGCGGCGGGAGUAUGAAACAAAAUACAUCAACGAGGAGGAAUGCGACUACAGCCAGGAGGACGCCGAUCGAGGUCUCAACGAGGAUACCCGUAUUUUCUUCCGAACUCUGGUCUAUCUUUGGUGGAAGGAAGACUCCGUGGCUAAAGGGGUGCCUUCAGAUGACAACCCACUGCCCGAGGACUUCAACAAUCCGUUGGUCUACAACAUCAACAUUACCGUAGAGGGCUUCUAUGAGCCAGAAAAGGUCGGCAUCAUUCGCCUCCCCGCAUCAACCCCAAAACACAUUCUCCGCCAUCUCCUGAGCCUUGCGAGUCGCCUCCGGCGGGAUGUACAUGCCUUCUUCCACGAGACAAUGGCUCUCUGCGCCUCCACCAAGAUGCUGGAGCUCAAGAACAAAAAGGCGCACUGGCCAAACAACGGACCUCGGCCUCGCGGUAUUCCGCAUCCCACCUGUGGAACAAGAUACCCUCUUUCUUGGAUGGAGGAACAGCGGCUGAUGCUUGCAUUCCUCAAGCCGUACAUUUUCUCGGUGCUGCGACGGGUGGUCUGUGAAAAGCGGCUGCUGAGGCCCCUUUCUUGUCUCCCAGACCCCCUUCCGGAACGAAUGUACCCUGAUACCCUGAAGAACCUAGAGCAGAAUUCGUUGGCAGAUUUCUGGUCGCCAUACGCUAACUAUGGCUGGAUGAGAACAGAGUCAAUGGAACAGAUGGAGACUGUCCUUGGUUGGCUGGAAGAAGGAAAGGGAUCUCACGCAAUUCGACGCAAGAGAGCAACCAAGUUCACAACAUGUUGCCCGACGUUUAACCCAUGGACCACAACGCAAUUUAAACGCAGCCGGAGCGACCUCCAACAGAUCAGCCUUCCCGGGCCCUUUUGGGCACAACAAUGCGAAGUUGUACCGCAGUCGGAUGUGCAAGCCGCCGGUUUCCGCGGAGAGUUCCAGAGGUUUGGAGUCAGCUUUUGGGAUAUGGAACGAAUGGAGUACCUAGGGUUCGCAACUAAACGUAUGCACCUGGGGCGGUACCCGGAGCAGCUAGAGCUCGCUUUCCGGUGGUCUUCGAUGCUACUGGCGUACAACAAAAAGGCGCCUCAUUGGGCCCGAACGAAGAAGGACCAGCCGAAGAAGGGACUCAAGUUCCGUAGCAAAACACAGGCUAUUCCGUUGAGCAAAAAAGUCUGA